GCUUCUUCUUCUCGAUCUGCUGCACCAGCAAGCUCGAUCGAGCAGGAGCAGCUCAACACUCCAGCGAUCGAGCUCUGUACGUACGUACAGUAGAAUAUAUAUAGAAGCUAAUGGCCAUGGAGCUGGGAGAGGCAGCAGAGAGGAACGAGAGGCUGGUGGAGUCGCUGUACGCGGCGGUGGCGGCCGGCGACGGGGCGGCGGCGGAGGCGGUGCUGGCGGACGACGUGGAGUGGUGGUUCCACGGGCCGAGGCGGUGCGAGCACAUGCGGCGGAGGCUGGCCGGGGAGGACCAGGCGGCGGCGUUCGUGUUCGUGCCGAGGCGGGUGGCGGCCGUGGGGCGCGGCGGCGGGUGGGUGGUGGCGGAGGGGUGGGAGGGGCCGCGCGCGUACUGGGUGCACGCGUGGGCCGUCGAGGGCGGCCGCAUCACCCGCCUCCGCGAGUACUUCAACACCUCCGUCACCGUCCGGGACGUCGGCGACCACGCCCACGCCCACGGCCACUGCCAGCCGCAGCUCGAACUCGGGGGAGGAGGAGGAGGAGGAGGAGGUCACCGGCGCGCCGCUGGUGCGAGCGCGGCCGUGUGCUGGCAGAGCCAGCGUGGGUGCGGCGGCGCCGACGACGGCGCGGACAGGUCGCUGCCUGGCCUCGUGCUCGCCAUCUGACAAAAUGCUAGCCUUCUGUUUCGUCCCCGUACUGCGGCUGGGUGCCUGGCUGGCAGGUGGGCCCGGCCCUGCAUUCAUAAGUACUAUUCCUGUAUAUACACUAUUUCUCCUAGAAUAUAUCAUAUAAGUAUAUAUAUAUAUACACACAUAUAUAUAUGGUGGUAUAAAAAAUAAAGAAAGACAUACAUCAUAAUAAUGUACUACGCAUGUUGUGAUGUUGAAAUAUAUAUAUAGCAUUGUACAAGUAGAUUUAACUAUGUAACUUUAACUUUAGAGAAGCAUGUUCGCCUAUAUCUCCAUUAACAAAAUUAGCUCAUGAAUCGUCACCGAUCGUUAGAUCAAGAUUCACUCGAAAAUUACCUAAGUAUUGCGGACUUAGGGCCAGUUGUUUGGAGCCUUAGAGCAUCUCUAACAAUAUCUCUAUUUCUAUCUUUGGCUCUUUAUUUGUCUAUUUGGCCAACUAUCCAA